AUGUCCUUCGCCGGCGGCGUUACAACUCCUAAAUUUACGGUUGCAGAACUUAAAGCUCUCAACAAGACCCAGCUGGUUCAGUUUCUGCAGAGUCGCCACUCCCAUGGCAACGUUUUCGAAAUAAACGAUGUUGAGGGGCUUCGAGGACUAUCAACGAGCGAACGAGUUGAAUUGGGGGAACAUAUGAAGGAUGCCUUCGAGAUCGCGGCCUCGACACGAAAACUCGACGUGGACGAACUUGUCGCGCGCUUGAGGAGCAUAGCAGAUGGGCAGGAUGGCUCUACGGGACCUAGGUGCUUACAAUCGCCAUCCGCGUCCUCCGGGUCAAGCACAUCCUCGAUAAACUCUGUUGAACUCCUUGAACAGGAGGGAACAGCACGCUACAACGAGCUCAUCCGAAAUCUCGGCAGGCCUGUCGCCUCGAUCGAGACUUUCUUGCACUUCUUGAUCGACCCUGCAGCCAGCGACGAACCCUUCCUGCCAUGGUGUUCUGACACAACCCCGUACGGACGAAGGAGCAGAAUAAACAACGUGUUUAGUCUGCAACUUGACCGGUGGUGGGAAUUCCGCAAAUGGCAGUUGGCCAACCGGGACACCCCUGAUGCUGAUGGAGGAUUCCCUGAGUAUCUGGCAUCAUCACGGAGGAUUGAUGAGCACGUGGGAAACAGAAAAAGGCUAGCUGAAGAGUCAUACGAUGACGACGAAUUGUGGUUGUGGCAAGGGAUGCGAGAGCGUCGACUACUCCCUAGUGAACAAGGGUUUACUGCCUACAAGGAGGCAGUUAAGAGACAACUCGCACCCCACAACUUCAAACGGUCUCUACAAUUGUUCAAAGACCCACGCCGCCAAACCGAAUGGACGACAUGGCUUGAAUACCUAGUCUACGAGCAAUGGUGCUUGGAACAACAAAAUGCCUCCGUGGAAAGUGCGCGGACACAAUAUAUUCAUUGCCACGAGAAACUUGUCGACGCGGGGAAUUAUCUGUACGGCUAUCACACGAGUCGCCUAGAUGAACAGUUGGCCACCAUGAAACCUGACCUGGAGAUGGCCAAGAAAAUACUCAGUGACUACAUCCGUGAUACGGACGACUAUCGGUGCAAGGAAGAGCGUGCCCAUGACCUGAAGAACCGAGUGAAGUGGAUUAUCAGUGAGGCCCGUAAGAUGAAGACCGAUAUGUUGCAAAAAGGCAGCACAGCGGGGAGAAAGUCAAACAUCAGGAAGAGCAAAGAUCCAAGCCAUCUCGCUGAUGAUGAUGGCAUAACCCCCCAGCCAUGGUCUGAGAGAACGAGACAGGGAGUUGCAAAAGCAAAAAGACGUGCAGAUCAGGACAGUAUGCCGGAGCAACCUCGUCGGAGCCAUCGGAAACUCACUCAAGGUCCUUCCGCAACCCAGGGCGUGGAGUCGUCCGCGCGCGAGAAACAAGGUUGA